CAUUUUCAAUCAUCUUCAACUUUCACUUCCAGGGGCUCUUCUGCGCUUCAGUCGUUGGUCGAUUCUACGCACCUACAACCAGCAGUUCCACAUUCUCUCUUCAUCUCAGCCCGUUGCUCCACGGCCGUCCAUCCGUUUCCAGCGACCGACAACUGCAACAACUUGCAAAUGCUCAGGCAAGAUGCAAUAUUUGUACAUGGCGUCACAACUUUUGAGAAUUGAACGAGUAACUACAUGCACUUUCAGAAAUCUUUACUCGCCCAGAUCUUCAGUAACUACACGCACUUUCAAGUUAGCUAAUGAAGACUUAAGGAAACCAGUUUCUCUUUCUACCAAUAUAAUUUGUUAAUUUUGUCAACUCCUAUUAUGACACACCAAAACUCACAUCCUAUGACCUCGCUGUCUGAUUUUUAUGCCUCACUCCUCCAGACAAGCUUGAAACUCAAAGACCCAGUUGCCAUAAGAUCGAUUCAUGCCCGGAUAAUCAAGUCUGGGCUCCACUUAGGUCCGUUCCUUGUGAAUAAUCUCAUCAAUGCAUAUGGAAAAAUUGAGUUUAUUUCUGAUGCACAAAGUCUGUUUGAUGAAAUGCCUACAAGGGAUGCAUCGUCUUGGAACACAUUGCUAUCUGCGUAUGCAAAAAGGGGUAUGAUCCAUGAAGCACGUCUCAUUUUUAAUGAGAUGCCUUGUCCUGAUGAUAUCACGUGGACCACUAUGAUUGUCGGGUAUAACUUAAUUGGUCAGUUUAAAGUUGCAAUUAGGACUUUUCUUGAGAUGGUUGGAUGCAAUGUGUUGCCUACCCAGUAUACAGUUACAAGCAUUCUUGCUUCUUGUGCUGCAAUUAGAUCAUUGGACAUAGGCAGGAAGGUUCAUUCUUAUGUUGUGAAAUUUGGGUUGAGUAAGUAUGUCUCUGUAGACAAUUCAUUGUUGAAUAUGUAUGCCAAAUCAGGUGAUGUUAGUACAGCUGAAAUUGUUUUUGAUAGGAUAGCAAUAAAGAACAUUUCUAGUAGGAAUGCAAUGAUUUCAUUGCAUAUGCAAACUGCUCGAGUUGAUCUUGCAUUGGCACAGUUUGAGCAAAUGAAUGACAAAGAUAUUGUUUCCUGGAAUUCAAUGAUUGCAGGUUAUAACCAGCAUGGAUUUGAUGUUGAAGCUUUAAAUAUGUUUUAUAGAAUGCUUAGGGAAUCCUUGCUGAAGCCUGACCAUUAUACUUUAGCAAGUGUACUAUCAGCUUGUUCUAAUCUUGAAGAGCUAAAUGUAGGGAAACAAAUCCAUUCUCAUAUUCUUAGAACUGAGUUUGACUCUUCUGGGGCAGUUGGGAAUGCUUUGAUAUCCAUGUACUCACGAUGUGGUGCAGUAGAAAUUGCCCGAAGGAUUGUGGAGCAUAGUCGAAUAUCCAAUUUAAAUGUGAUUGCUUUUACCUCCCUACUGGAUGGCUACAUCAAACUUGGUGAUAUAGAUCCAGCAAGGAAGAUUUUUGAUUCACUAAAGGACCGGGAUGUGGUUGCAUGGACGGCUAUGAUUGUCGGCUACAUGCAGAAUGGCUUAAACAAUGAUGCAAUGGAUCUCUUCAGGUUAAUGUCUGAAAUUGGGCCAGAACCGAAUAACUAUACUCUAGCAGCUAUGCUGAGUGUUUGCUCGAGCUUAGCAUCUUUGAAUCAUGGCAAACAAAUCCAUGCUGCAGCUUUAAAAUCAGGAGAAGCAUCAUCAGUUUCUGUAAGUAAUGCCUUGAUUACCAUGUAUGCAAAGUCUGGAAACAUAAGUUGUGCACAGAGAGUAUUUAAUUUGAUACACUGGAAAAGAGAAACUGUAUCUUGGACUUCAAUGAUCCUAGCCUUAGCUCAACAUGGAUUUGGAGAGGAAUCCAUACAGUUAUUUGAGAAUAUGUUGGCAAUGGGUAUAAGACCUGAUCAUAUCACUUAUGUAGGUGUUCUCUCUGCUUGUAUACAUGUUGGCUUGGUAGCACAAGGUCGCCUAUAUUUCAGGAUGAUGAAAGAUGUGCAUGGUAUUGAACCCACCUCAAGCCACUAUUCCUGCAUGAUUGACCUCUUUGGACGUGCUGGACUGCUGCAAGAAGCACAAGAUUUUAUAGAGAAGAUGCCAAUUGAACCAGAUGCAAUAGCUUGGGGUUCAUUGUUAGCUUCCUGUAAAGUUCACAAGAAUGUUAAACUGGCAAAACUUGCAGCCGAGAGAUUGCUUUCAAUUGAUCCUGAAAAUAGCGGGGCCUACUCAGGACUUGCUAAUGCCUACGCGGCUUGCCAUAAGUGGGAAGAAGCUGCUAAAAUUAGAAAAUCAAUGAAGGAUAGGCAAGUUAAGAAAGAACAAGGAUUUAGCUGGAUUCAGAUAAAGAAUGAAGUUCACGUGUUUGGGGUUGAAGAUGUGCUUCAUCCCCAAAGGGAUGCUAUAUUUCAGACAAUGGAAAAAAUAUGGAAAGAGAUUAAGAAACUGGGUUUUGUUCCAGACACUGAAUCAGUGCUGCACGAUCUUGAUCACGAGUUGAAAGACCAGCUCCUUCGGCAUCAUAGUGAAAAGCUUGCUAUUGCAUUCGGGCUACUAAAUACCCCAGAUAAUACUACUUUAAGGAUCAUGAAAAACCUUAGAGUUUGUAAUGAUUGUCACUCUGCAAUUAAAUACAUCUCCAAGCUUGUUGGCAGAGAAAUUAUUGUUAGGGAUGCCACUCGUUUUCACCAUUUCAAAGAUGGGUUUUGCUCUUGUCGGGAUUAUUGGUAAGGUGGAUGGAGAAAAUGUUACCACUUGGGGCUAUGAUUGGAGUACUAAACCUGAACCUGGUAGCUCAAGAUUGGGGCAAAUUUUUGUUUGCUGGUUUUGGUAUUUUCUGCAUCAUCUGCUGUCAGAUUCAGGAACUUCUUGAUAGAAGAUCUGAAACAGAAUUGAUGCUACAAUCUUACCUUGUUCAGAAAGUUGCUUUAUUUUGGCCUGCUACAUUAUAGAGAUUAGAGGAGAUAUACAUAUAUGCUUGAUGGGUGACCCAGGGGUUGCAAAAGGGACUCGCUAGACUCAGGUUCUCAGAGACUGUUGCUCAAAGUGAUGUAGAUGAGGCACUUCGCGUAAUGCAAAUGUCAGAAGUUUUCAUUGUAUUCAGAUGAUCGUCAAAGAUCUGGGUUGGACGCGAUAUCUGACAUAUAUUCAAUCUUGCGUGACGAAGCUGCUAGGAUUAACAGGAUGGAUGUUAGCUAUACGCAGGCACUCAACUGGAUUUCUGGAAAGGCCAUGAGGUGUCCUGAGCAGGCCCUAAUUGUAGGAGACACCUUUAAGCCCGUACCAUACACAGACUAAUCUCCAUUCUGAGCGGGUCAGCCCAAUUAAGGGGCAAAGUGCUGAUCAGAUUGGUUUUUCCAUACGAGAAGGGGUUCGAACUCCCAACCUCUCUCAAGGGAUGAGAGUGAACGGGCACUCACGUCAACUA